GUGAUAACAAUGGGGAUGCGUUGUCUGAACCUCGCAAGAUAAAGGAUGAGCCUUUCUUCUCUGCAACUUUCAAUCCACUUUCUGAUUUCUAUACCUGUUGUAUUCAGAUCGUUGCUUCCACAUUCGCUUUCAUACAAUUUAUAUUAUAGGGUGUUCGACCAAACCUUGUAGGCUCAAUCAUGCCUGGCGCAGCAGUCAAUGAAGAACAUCUAGCCCCUCCACCCCCCAGACUGUUUACGAAUCGGGAUUCAGAGGCUCUGGAGCAAUACUCAGCUGCUAUACCUUGGUUGCCCCCCACAAAAGAGGCUUUUGACCGUCAGUUCACUGACCCUAUUGAACGAAUCCUGACGGGGGGCCUCGCUGACCCACCGAUAAAACGGAGAAAUCUCGAUGAUGCAUUCUAUUGUAUCGCGUCUCUUCUGCCUGACAUGAUUUCCCAAUUCACCGAACUGAAGGACAAUGUCAUUAGGCCGUCAUUCUUGAUACUCAAUGCUGUAGCAAGCUUUGCUCAUUGUGCAACAGAAUCCACGGAGCUUCUCCGUAGUUGCAGAACAGUCAUCACCCGUGAGGGCGUGGCUCGGGAUAAUAUUGAAGUGACUACCACCGUCCGUAGGGUCAAUAGCUUUCUAAACGCGAUGGGGAAGUUGAUGGCCGAGAAGAAGACCAAAUGUUCGACUUUGGAGACUUCCUUGGAAGAGUCUGCACGUCGGAUUUCCGGCCACAGCUCCAGCUUCGAUGCGGGCUUGCGCAAUAUGGGUGCCAAUUGGCAAAAUGCGUGUCGACUCUACUAUGAGGCGAGUAUGAGGUCAAUUGCAGCUUUGCUCAGUGCUGAAUAUCGAAACUGGGAGGGUAUACUCAAUUGUUUCACUUUCGCAACUUCUGCUAACUGUUUUUUGAAGUGAACCGGCGGGUGCAGGACGCAGAUCGUACGAUUAGAUUUAUUAGGUGGAUCUUUUGACUAGUUAUACUUACGGUUUUACAGGCCAUUUUCACGAAA